AAGGCAGACAUUCCUUACUAGUUAAGCAAAACUAUUGUUUGGUUUUAAGGAGACUUCAGGGGAUGUUUUUGAUUUAAGGUUUAGAGGUAUAGUUUUCUUUAUUCUAAACUUUAUAGACCUUGUAGACUAUACUGUGCACAUACUAAAGUAAUACGUUUUUAACAAACAUAAAGCAUCUUUUUUGUUUUUUCUGUUGCUGUGGAUUUGUCGUUCUAAAUAAAUCUGAGAGCUGUUGAAAUUUAGGAAAAAAUAUCCUGCUUAGAAGGAAAAUACCUCUCAGCCAGUUUACCAAACUAUUAGAAAAUUGUUUUAAAAUGUUGGAAGUAACACUGAAUUGUAGAGUUACUCCACUAGCAGCUAACAUCUAUUGUACACCCUAUUUUUGUAUACCAGUUGGGGAACUGACUUGUUUCACAUGGCUCUAUAUGAAGGAAGUGCUACAGGAAAGAGGGUGGGGAACUAUGAUUCAAAUGGUUAGGGUUUUAUUUUUUUCAUCUGUAUCACUAUACUUAGAACACACACAUAUAUAUGAAUAUAUGUAUUUUCUUGCAGACAAGAGACUAAUUUCUAUCUCAUCAUGUGAGUAUUUAUCUAAUUUAGUCAGAACUACUUCUGAGGUCUCUUCACAUUUUUAUAUGGAAAGGUAACGUGAUCUUUUCAUGGUCAUUCAUUCCAUCAAACAUUAGUGAUAGAUGUUAUUAAGGAUUGCACAGGACCCGGCCCUCAGGGAAUUUUCAGUUUAGAAGAAAAGUCAAGUGUUAAGUAAAUAGUUACAAGUAGUCAUACUCAGAAUAAAAUCUGGAAUGACCUAGAAAUCAAUAAAUGAUCUGGCCCCUGCUUCUUCUUUGGGACCUACUUCUACUAGUUUCUCCCUUGUUCCAUUCUCCAAUAUUGGUUUCUUAUUCAAACAGACCGGGAGUCUUCCUUUCUUUGCACUAACUGUUCUCUUUGACUGGAAUGACUCCUUGUUGUUCGUAUCUCAGCUUAAAUGUCAUCACCUCAGAAGGCCUUCCCUGACCACUAAAUCUAGAUUGUCCUCCUCCACCACAGGCUGUCUCUUUCACCUCAUUAUGUUUUGUUUUAUCAUUACACUUAACAUUAGCUGCUAUUUGUGAAAUGUGUGCCUGUCCACACUAGAAUGUAAGCCCAUGAGAUAAGAGAUAUUGUCCAUCUUGAACACCACAAUAUCCCUUAUAUCUAGAACAGUUCUUAGCAGGCACAUAGUAGCUGCUCAGUAUAUGUUUGUUAAUUUGUAAAUGAAAUAAGUAAGUGUGGUAAGUGCUAAGAAGUAGUGGAAGAUGCUAUGGCAGUCUUUACUAGGGAACCUAAUCUGGUAUGGGGUGGUCCUAGGAAGGCUUCCUGAGAAUAUUUGUCAGCAUAAAGCUGACUGAUAAUAAUCUAGUUGAAGGAAAAUAGUUUCUCAUGCAUGUAACAGUCUGAAAUAAGUGUUCCAGGUUGAAGUGAGUGUUCCAGGUUGCCAGGUGGUUCUUCCGUCUUAUUCUCCCAUCCCUUGGGUAUUGUCUCAUGGUGGAAGCUGGGUCUCCAUGGGUUUCUGCUAAUGGAAAGGGAAAGGAACACAAAAGGCUCACUCACAUAGCACUUUCCACUGGAGAAGGAGGACUGGUAAACAUGGCCUAGGCAUGUUCUCGGCAUGAAGGGGAGAGUAGAUUUUGAUCCAGACAAAUAGCCUCUGCCACACUGAAGAAGUGAACUUUAAAAAGCAGGGAUUAGAAGGAUAAAUAGGAAAAGAAAUGGCUAAUAGGGGAAAAUGAAGUUCAGAGAGGGAACAUUCUGUGUGAAGGACCUCAGGCAUGAGAAAGUAAGGCCUACUCCAGGAACUGAGAGAAAUUUAGUACUACUGAGAGCUUCUGGGGGAAGUAUGGAGUGAGGCUACAAAGGUAACCAGGGUACAGAUUUUGUAAAACCUGGUAAUCCAAAUUAGAGAUUCUAGACUUUAUCCUAAGGUUUUAAGCAGGGGACAGAUAAGCAUUUUUAAAAGCUUUGUUGUAAGGUUGGAGAAUGGAUGGAGGAGGGGAAGUUUAGAAGAGGGGUUUGAGAGUAUAAUUUGGGGGAAACCAGUUAAGUCCAGGAUUGUGCAGUAGGGAUGGAGAAAAAUGGGUGGAGUAGAGACAGAUUUAGGUGUUCUGGUGAAAGAGUUGUUGUCUUCCCAAACUUGUCUUGCUUUAUUUUUACAGAACAUGUAGUCCUAUUUACCUAUUUUAAUGAUAUGAAUACUCUUCAUAUAUCAGAGUGUGUGCUGGAAAAUACAUCCAUCUGUGUAUAUGUUAGCUGAGAACAAGCGCUAGAAGAAAAGAUCAAUACCAAAACCAAACCCGUUGCCCUCUAGUCGAUUCCGACUCACAGUGACCCUAUAGAACAGAGAACUGCCCCAUAGGGUUUCUAAGGAGUGCCUGCCUGGUGAAUUCGAACUGCCAAACUUUUGGUUAGCAGCAGUAGCUCUUAACCACUAUGCCAACAGGGUUUUCCAUUUUAGGUUGAUUAGGCCGCCAAUUGUUAAAUUGUAUCAAAGAGGCAAAGAUGAAAGGAAAGCAGCAGAAGUUUAUUGUUGGUGUGUCUGGGAAAAGAUGGAAGUUACUAAGGCCUAAGGGCAAAAGUUGUAAAAAGAUUUCCUUGGUUGUCACACCCAACUGUUCCAUUCUGGGUUAUAAUAUUUGAAAUUCUUUAUAGUAAGAUUACCUCUCAGUAGUACCUAUAGUGUGGGAUACCAAAUAAAUGUUAAAUACAUGGGACCUUGCCAGGGAGUGGAGAAGCUGUUAAUUGGAAUGUCUUUGGAAGCCUUGGCUUCUAGCAAGACUCAAUUCUGUCUUUUUAGCAGUUAAGUACAGGAACCAAUAGCCUUUGCCUGUCAGUUCUAGUUUAUGAUUAACAUAGUGAGCAAAUUUGUCAUUAUGUUUAGAUGGUUAAGUCCUUGGAAAAUCUGCUUUGAAACGAAAUCUUCAUUCCCUGCUGGAGUCAAGAGGUGCAGCAUUUUCAGGAGGUAUGGCAUCACAGCUGCAGGUGUUUUCCCCCCCAUCAGUGUCGUCGAGUGCCUUUUGCAGCGCGAAGAAACUGAAAAUAGAGCCCUCUGGCUGGGAUGUUCCAGGACAGAGCAGCAACGACAAAUAUUAUACCCACAGCAAAACCCUCCCAGCCACACAAGGACAAGCCAACUCCUCUCACCAGGUAGCAAAUUUCAACAUCCCUGCGUACGACCAGGGCCUCCUCCUCCCAGCUCCCGCAGUGGAGCAUAUUGUUGUAACAGCCGCAGAUAGCUCGGGCAGUGCUGCUACAUCAACCUUCCAAAGCAGCCAGACCCUGACUCACAGAAGCAACGUUUCUUUGCUUGAGCCAUAUCAAAAAUGUGGAUUGAAAAGAAAAAGUGAAGAAGUUGACAGCAACGGUAGUGUGCAGAUCAUAGAAGAACAUCCCCCUCUCAUGCUGCAAAACAGGACUGUGGUGGGUGCUGCUGCCACGACCACCACUGUGACCACAAAGAGUAGCAGUUCCAGUGGAGAAGGGGAUUACCAGCUGGUCCAGCAUGAGAUCCUUUGUUCUAUGACCAACAGCUAUGAAGUCUUGGAGUUCCUAGGCCGGGGAACAUUUGGACAGGUGGCUAAGUGCUGGAAGCGGAGCACCAAGGAAAUUGUGGCUAUUAAAAUCUUGAAGAACCACCCCUCCUAUGCCAGACAAGGACAGAUUGAAGUGAGCAUCCUUUCCCGCCUAAGCAGUGAAAAUGCUGAUGAGUAUAAUUUUGUCCGUUCUUAUGAGUGCUUUCAGCAUAAGAAUCACACCUGCCUUGUGUUUGAGAUGCUGGAGCAGAACCUAUAUGAUUUCCUAAAGCAGAACAAGUUUAGCCCACUGCCACUUAAGUACAUCAGGCCAAUUUUACAGCAGGUGGCCACAGCCCUGAUGAAGCUCAAGAGCCUUGGUCUGAUUCACGCUGACCUUAAGCCCGAAAACAUAAUGCUGGUGGACCCAGUGCGCCAACCCUACCGAGUGAAGGUCAUUGACUUUGGUUCUGCUAGUCAUGUUUCCAAAGCUGUGUGCUCAACCUACUUACAGUCACGUUACUACAGAGCCCCUGAAAUUAUUCUUGGAUUACCAUUUUGCGAAGCUAUUGAUAUGUGGUCACUGGGCUGUGUGAUAGCUGAGCUGUUCCUGGGAUGGCCUCUUUAUCCUGGUGCUUCAGAAUAUGAUCAGGUGGGGAGAAUUGCAAAAGCAAACAGAAGUGUGAACAAUAAAACUGAGGAAAUUUUAAAACACAAGAACAUAGAAAUUCGUUACAUUUCACAAACACAAGGCCUGCCAGCUGAAUAUCUUCUCAGUGCUGGGACAAAAACUACCAGGUUUUUCAACAGAGAUCCUAAUUUGGGGUACCCACUGUGGAGGCUAAAGACACCUGAAGAACAUGAAUUAGAGACUGGAAUAAAGUCAAAAGAAGCUCGGAAGUACAUUUUUAACUGUUUAGAUGACAUGGCUCAGGUGAAUAUGUCUACAGACUUAGAAGGAACAGACAUGUUGGCAGAGAAGGCGGAUCGAAGAGAAUACAUUGAUCUGUUAAAAAAAAUGCUAACAAUUGAUGCAGAUAAGAGAAUUACUCCUCUGAAAACUCUUAACCAUCAGUUUGUGACAAUGACUCACCUUCUGGAUUUUCCACACAGCAAUCAUGUUAAGUCUUGUUUUCAGAACAUGGAGAUCUGCAAGCGGAGGGUUCACAUGUAUGAUACAGUGAGUCAGAUCAAGAGUCCUUUCACUACGCACGUUGCUCCCAAUACAAGCACAAAUCUAACCAUGAGCUUCAGCAACCAGCUCAAUACAGUGCACAAUCAGGCCAGCGUUCUAGCUUCCAGUUCUACUGCAGCAGCUGCUACCCUUUCUCUGGCUAAUUCAGAUGUCUCACUGCUAAACUACCAGUCUGCUUUGUACCCAUCCUCUGCAGCACCAGUUCCUGGAGUUGCCCAGCAGGGUGUUUCCUUGCAGCCUGGAACCACCCAGAUUUGUACUCAGACAGAUCCGUUCCAACAAACAUUUAUAGUAUGUCCGCCUGCUUUUCAAACUGGACUACAAGCAACAACAAAGCAUUCUGGAUUCCCUGUGAGGAUGGAUAAUGCCGUGCCAAUUGUACCCCAGGCACCAGCUGCUCAGCCACUACAGAUUCAAUCAGGAGUUCUUACGCAGGGAAGCUGUACACCACUAAUGGUAGCAACUCUCCACCCUCAAGUAGCCACCAUCACACCGCAGUAUGCGGUGCCCUUUACUCUGAGCUGCGCAGCCGGCCGGCCGGCGCUGGUUGAACAGACUGCCGCUGUACUGCAAGCUUGGCCUGGAGGAACCCAGCAAAUUCUCUUGCCUUCGACUUGGCAACAGUUGCCUGGGGUAGCUCUCCACAACUCUGUCCAGCCGACAGCAGUGAUUCCAGAGGCCAUGGGGAGUGGCCAGCAGCUAGCUGACUGGAGGAAUGCCCACUCUCAUGGCAACCAGUACAGCACUAUCAUGCAGCAGCCAUCCUUGCUGACUAACCACGUGACAUUGGCCACUGCUCAGCCCCUGAAUGUUGGCGUUGCCCAUGUUGUCAGACAACAACAAUCCAGCUCCCUCCCUUCAAAGAAGAAUAAGCAGUCUGCUCCAGUCUCUUCUAAGUCCUCUCUGGAUGUUCUUCCUUCCCAAGUCUAUUCUCUGGUUGGAAGCAGCCCCCUUCGCACCACAUCUUCUUAUAAUUCCCUAGUCCCUGUUCAAGAUCAGCAUCAGCCGAUCAUCAUUCCAGACACUCCCAGCCCUCCUGUGAGUGUCAUCACUAUCCGCAGUGACACUGAUGAGGAAGAGGACAACAAAUUCAAGCCCAAUAGCUCUGGCCUGAAGCCAAGGUCCAAUGUCAUCAGUUAUGUCACUGUCAAUGAUUCUCCAGACUCUGACUCUUCCUUGAGCAGCCCAUAUUCCACUGAUACCCUGGGUGCUCUCCGGGGCAAUAGUGGACCUCUUCUGGAGGGACCUGGCAGAGUCGUGGCAGAUGGGACUGGCACCCGCACCAUCAUUGUGCCUCCGCUGAAAACUCAGCUUGGUGACUGCACUGUAGCAACCCAGGCCUCAGGUCUCCUGAGCAGUAAGACCAAGCCAGUGGCCUCAGUGAGUGGGCAGUCGUCUGGAUGCUGUAUCACCCCCACAGGGUAUCGAGCUCAACGUGGGGGGACCAGCGCGGCACAGCCACUCAACCUUAGCCAGAACCAGCAGUCAUCGGCAGCUCCAGCCUCACAAGAGAGAAGCAGCAACCCUGCCCCCCGCAGGCAGCAGGCAUUUGUGGCCCCGCUCUCCCAAGCCCCCUACGCCUUCCAGCAUGGCAGCCCACUACAUUCGACGGGGCACCCACACCUGACCCCAGCCCCUGCUCACCUGCCAAGCCAGCCUCACCUGUAUACGUAUGCUGCUCCCACCUCUGCAGCUGCACUGGGCUCCACCAGCUCCAUUGCUCAUCUUUUCUCCCCUCAAGGCUCCUCAAGGCAUGCUGCAGCCUACACCACCCACCCUAGCACUCUGGUACACCAGGUCCCUGUCAGUGUUGGGCCCAGCCUCCUCACUUCUGCCAGCGUGGCCCCUGCUCAGUACCAACACCAGUUUGCCACCCAGUCUUACAUUGGGUCUUCCCGAGGCUCAACAAUUUACACUGGAUACCCGCUGAGUCCUACCAAGAUCAGCCAGUAUUCCUACUUGUAGUUGGUGAGCAUGAGGGAGGAGGCGUCAUGGCUUCCUGUUCCUGGCCUUCAGUUCUUAUUAGUGGGCUAUGGUGAGCUCCUCCCUUAUCCUCUCUUCAAACUUCUUAGCCAGCAACUUGUUCUGCAGGGGCCCCCUGAAGCAGAAGGUUUUUCUCUGGGAAACCUGUCUCAGUGUUGACUGCAUUGUUGUAGUCUCCCAAGUCUGCCCUAUUUUUUAAUUCUUUAUUUUUGUGACAGCAUUUUUGGUAUUUGAAAGAGUUCAGAUGCCCGUCUUCUGCAUAGUUACCAAGAGAGAUCAUUCUAAAGCUACCCUUUGAAAAAUAUUUUGUCUCUCUGACUUGAUUUCUAUAAAUGCUUUUAAAAACAAGCGAAAUCCCUCUUUAUUUAAUUUUGUUUUAUUGUAAUUGCUGGGCAGAGGAAAGAUGCUGAUAGAAGGACUUGGAAUGUGGCAACAAGUGAGAAAAGAAAAAUCAUUACUUUCUGUUUGUUUAAAAACAGACUUAUUUGCCUAUUUUAUUUCCAAAGCAGCUGACACACGUCUGUAUUUUACCACCAGGCAUUUCUCCUCAAAAUUUUAUGAGGUGACUCUGUUUAUGGGACAUUUAAAUUUAGAGUGUUCUGGUUUUGUUUUCAUAUCUCAUUAUAUUCAAUGGGAAAUUAUUAUUUUUGCAAAACUGGUUACAUAAUACUUUGGGUUACUAUUGGGAUUCUCUCAGUUGCUCCUUUGUUAGAAAGUCAUGUUAAGGCAGCUCACCAUUUGCUGGCAACUUAGUGAGAGAGUCUGUAUGGUGACAGCACCAUGUAUUCUUUUUAAAUUGUUUUUAAAAGUCCUUCUUUCCCUGAUUCAGCUUAAAAUUUCAUUAUUAGAAAACCAUUAAAUUAAGGUGGUUAUUAUGUGGUGGUGGUGGUUGUAUUAUAUGUAUUAUGAAAUGUUGGCAUUGAUGAGCUUUGCCUAAGUGUUGUUGGCAUUGGUGAACUUUGCCUAAAGAUUAGUAUGAAUUUUCAAUAAUACACCUCUCUCUCUUUGCCUCAUCUCUCUGUUCUGUUUUAUGUGAUUUAUUUGGGGAGAAAGCUAAAGAAUCUGAAACCGGAUAAAAACAUUGUUGUGUAUAGCUUUUAUACUUUAAAGUCGCUUCCUUUGUAUGCCAGCAGCAAACUGAAUGCUCUCUUAUUAUGACUUAUACAAUAAGUGCAUGUAGGAAUUGCAAAAAAUAUUUUAAAAAUUUAUUACUGAAUUUAAAAAUAUUUUAGAAGUUUUGUAAUGGUGGUGUUUUAAUAUUUUGCAUAAUUAAAUAUGUACAUAUUGAUUAGAAAAAUAUAACAAGCAAUUUUUCCUGCUAACCCAAAAUGUUAUUUGUAAUCAAAAUGUGUAGUGAUUACACUUGAAUUGUGUAUUUAGUGUGUAUCUGAUCCUCCAGUGUUACCCCGGAGAUGGAAUUGAUGUCUCCAUUGUAUUUAAACCAAAAUGAACUGAUACUUGUUGGAAUGUAUGUGAACUAAUUGCAAUUAUAUUAGAGCAUAUUUCUGUAGUGCUGAGUGAGCAGGGGCAUUGCCUGCAAGGAGAGGAGACCCUUGGAGUUGUUUUGCACAGGUGUGUCUGGUGAGGAGUUGUUCAGUGUGUGUCUCUUUCUUCCCUUCUCCCUCCUUCCCUUAUUGUAGUGCCUUAUAUGAUAAUGUAGUGGUUAAUAGAGUUUACAGUGAGCUUGCCUUAGGAUGGACCAGCAAGCCCCCGUGGACCCUAAGCUGUUCACUGGGAUUUAUAUCAGAACAGGAUUAGUAGCUGUGUUGUGUAAAUGCAUUGUUCUUAGUUUCCCUUCUGACACUGAAAAAUUAAAACAGCAGCUUUUCUCCCUUAUCUGCCACCUCUACCCCUUUCCAUUUUGGAAUUUCAGCUGAGUUCUCACAGAAGCAUUUUCCCCAUAUGGCUCUCUCACUGUGUAUUGCUACCUUGCUUCUGUGAGAAUUCAGGAAGCAGGUGAGAGGAGUCAAGCCAAUAUUUUACAUCUGCUUUUUAUUUUUUUCAAGUAUGUGCAAUCCUUUUAGAAUGACAUUUUGUUUUUUCCUUUUCCCAUGUGACAGCCCUUCCUGCAAAUAGUUGACAUUCCUAGUAAAAUAUUAUUGUUGAAAAAACAUAUAACAGAUGUGUUUAUGCCAAAGAGCCUGUAGUAUUGCUUACUAUGUCCCCAUACUAUGAAGAGGAGUUUUGUGAUGCCGCUGGUGACAGGGAACUCACAGAAAGGUUUCUUAGUGGGUGAAGAAUAUUAAGAAGAAACCAAAGCCUGUUGAGUCAUUGGGGCUUUUGAGGUUUCUUUUUAACAACUUGUAUAUUCUUGGGGCCCUUCAAGCUGUGAAAUUGUCCUUGUACUCUCAGCUCCUGCAUGGAUCUGGGUCAAGUAGAGGGUACUGGGAGUGGAAACAUUCCUGCCUAUAAAGGAUUUUGGGGAAGAAGGUUAACCCUAAGAUAUAGAUGUGUUCCAUCUGAAUUGAAGAUGUUCUAUUUGGGGGAUAAUUCUAGGACUGGUUCUGUUUAGAGAUGGUGUCAAGGAGGUGCAGGAUGGAGAUGGGAGAUUUCAUGGAGCCUGGUCAGCAAGCUCUGUACCAGGCCAAACACUGAGGAGCUGUCAAGGUAUUUGGAGUUUCUUCAUUGUAAGGAGUAAGGGCUUCCAAGAUGGGACAGGUAGUCAGUACAGCCUACCAGGAACAUGUUGGUGUUUUCUGUGCUUUUUAGUCAUUAUAUUUAGUUGUGUUUUCACUAUAUUGAUCAAGAUAGCUAAGCGGUUUGUAUAGUUUCUGUCACUAGUGUUAAACAGUUUUCUAAACAAUGUGUGUGAUCUUUGUGUCUCCUUUUUGCCAAGCACAUUCUGAUUUUCUUGCUUAAACGCAGGUCUAGUUUCUAAUGGAAACAUUUUUGUUCCUUAUUUUUCCUCUAUAAGGGACAAGAUUUGUUGUGUUUGUAAGAAGUGAGAUGCAGGGGGGAAAAAAACAAACAUCCUACCCCUGUGCCCCAGUCGAAUAAGUAGAUAUCCAUUUUUAAGAUAGGAAUCUUAACUCUACCAGAAAGACAAUACCAAGAGCUUGUAUUGUUACCUUAAUCACAUUACUAGCAGUGUGCGACUGUAAGAAUUUUAGAGAUUUUCGGUCUCGGUCUGCAAAUUGGCAGGUAAAAACUCGCCUGUGUCUGCUGAAUGUGUACGUGCUCGAUGUGGCUUUAGAUUCGACCCUGGGGCUUAAGGUUGCUAGUCCUGUCUGGAUGAGUGGAGCCCCGUGAAUUUAGUGAGCAGCUGGCCCAGGUUACAGUGGUCCGACCUCAAACCAGCUUAAGGAGGUCUUAGGCUUUAAGUCCUCUCUGAGAACUUGCAUUUCCAAGUUCUCGCCUUCAGCGUAAGAGAGAAAGUAGGGAAGGGUUAAGUGUAGCCACUCUAGGCUUAUCAGGGCACGUAAUCACUCCAGAGUUUUAAUAGCUCCCAGGAGGUGAUACCACUGUCACUGCUCGGCUGAAAUACCAACCCCAGGAAUAAGAACUCCGUCUCAAACAGUUCUGGCCAUUCUGAGCUGGCCAGUCUGAGCCUGCUCAUCCACUGUCCGUCGCUAGAGGGGCUAAGUUUGGCUGCCCUUAGCCAGGUAAGCACAGUGAUGUGUGUUUUAUUCAGCAUUAUUACACAAAAAUCCACUGGUUGGGAUGGUUUGUUUUAGGAUAGGAAAUGAAAUUGCCUCUCAGUGACAGGAAUGGCCUGAGCCUACUUCCUAUUUUGAUUUUGUUUUUAAACUGAUGAACGGUGCAGCAUGUCUACAUGGUUGUUUGUUGCUAAACUUUAUACAAUGUGUGGUUUCAAUUCAGCUUGAAAAAUAAUCUCACUACAUGUAGCAGUACAUUAUAUGUGCAUUAUAUGUAAUGUUAGUAUUUCUGCUUUGAAUCCUUGAUAUUGCAAUGGAGUUCCUACUUUAUUAAAUGUAUUUGAUAUGCUAGCUAUUGAGUGUGAUUUAAACUUUUUGCUUUCUCCCUUUUCUGGUCGUACACUUCCUUUUACAACAAGUCUCUAGAAACAGAUAGUUUCUGAGAAUUACUGAGCUAUGUUUGUGAUGCAGAUGUACUUAGGGAGUAUGUAAAAUAAUCAUUUUAACAAAAGAAAUAGAUAUUUAAAAUUUAAUACUAACUACGGGAAAAGGGUCCAUUGUGUAAAACAUAGUUUAUCUUUGGAUUCAAUGUUUGUCUUUGGUUUUACAAAGUAGCUUGUAUUUUCAGUAUUUUCUACAUAAUAUGGUAAAAUGUAGAGCAAUUGCAAUGCAUCAAUAAAAUGGGUAAAUUUUCUGA